CUUAGCUUUUAUAAUUUGAUUAUUAUCAACGCCAAUUACGGAUAUGGGAUACUCGGUAUUUUCACCGCAAUAUUGAAUAUCCUCAACCUGAAAUUUAAUUGUUUUAAGCAAAUCAGUGCAGAGAAGGGAGUUCGUUGGUUAGCUCAGCUGAGUGGGUAACAGAAUACCAAGUCUUCUAUUGCUGGCGGCAUCUAUCGGCAAGGCUGGGUAUUAAAAUCAAAAGAAGAUUAACGGGUCAAUAUUUUGGGUUUCACAAAGAGGUUUAGAAGUUUGUAAUGAACGGAUACAGAUUGAAUCUUACCAGCAUCAAAAAUUGCAUUGAUGAUGGUGUCAUCCAAGUGUCCGACGAUUUUGGAAUUGCCUUUGACAAAACUUGCGAUUUAUAUUUGAUCGGAUGUCUUGAUAUUAUCAAGACUUUUAAAACUGCCAAGGCUACCUACUUUUACCAAAAACAACCGCUUCCUGAAUUAACGGGACAGAUUGAUAUUUGCGAUUUCCUCGAAUCAUCAAAAGACACGUCCAUUGCUAAGAGUAUCAACUCGUUAGGAUUCCCUGCAACAUGUCCGUACGAAACUGGAAAAAUAUGCGGCGAUCCGGGAAAAAAGAUCAACCUGUCUGCGUACAAAAAUCAACUAUCGAUGGUACUCGGAAAGAUGGAAGUAAAACUCAAGAUCGACCACGACGUUGGAAAAUCGUGCAUAAAAUUGGGUUUAUCUGCGUCAAGGGAGAGAAAAAGGAGUGGCUAAGAACUACUGUAGUUACUACAGAAUUGUUAUUAUUA